AUGUUUGCUGACAAUUUAUUAGAUAUGGACCAUGCACCAUCAACAUUAUCUUCUCAACAUUCUUCAAAAUUUUCAAACAUAGCUGCAAGUAUCACAACGACCUCACAUGGUGCGAAUAAAUUAUUAACAUCUCAGUCUAAUAAUAACCAUAAACCUACAGCUAUGGAAUUAUUUCUUGAUGCCGUUGGCGAUGACACAAUUCUUAAAAAUAAUUCUAGUCAACGCUCAACAAUAGUUGAAGAACUAUACAACUACCGAUUAUUAGUUAUCAAGUUAAAUUCUAAACAUGGGUCAUCAACAUCAUCUUCUUCAAACUUCUGGAAGAUUUUUAAUGAUGAUGGUUGUUCAAUAAUAUUAAUAUCACAAGUUACAUCUUCUGUUGAUUUGGAUGUAGAAAAUACUGUGACUGAAGUUGAAUUCGAUUGUAUUGUAUCUGAUGGUACUAUAAUAGGUAUCAAAUUUGGUGAUGCAAUUUGUUGA